AAUAUGCGUACACACACAUACAUAUAUAUAUACAUAUACAUAUAUUAUAGUAUCGAUGUAACGAAGACAACGAACUCGAGUCACUUAUACACGUGCUGAAUACACAAGAAAGAGCGGGACCAUUCUUAUUCGCCUAUUUUAUAAAUCGUUAAUCUAUCUCUCGUUUCCGAUGCUUUCGAUAUCAAAGGUAGCCACGCGCGUGAUUCGAUAAUCGUCGAAAAGAAAGAAAGAAAAAAAAAAAAAUUCGUAUACAACAACGACAAGAACGUAUCAAUUCCGAUGUUUGAUCUCGCGAUAUUUCGCGAAUAUGCGUAAUUAACCUCGAAUUCGGCAACCGUGACUGAUAAUUUUUUUUUUUUUUUUUUUCGGAAUGAGCAAGAUUUAUCUGAUUUGAACGAGGAGAAGAAGGAAAGGGGGAAAGAAAAAAAGAAAAAAGAAAAAAAAAAGAGGCGAAAAAUUGCAAGGAUGUUUGAUCCUCGCAUCGAUGUUCCAUACCUUUCCCGAUCUACGUCUGCGCGUGUCGGCCGGGUCUAUAAAAGCGACGCAGGGCGUCGCGACGGCUCCAGACGCGACAUACGCGCAUAACUGAAAAUGUGACAUCGAGGGAGGGAUAGAGAUUUUAUCGUUACCAUCGUUGACAGAUUAAUCGAAAAAUUUGUGUGAAAAGUCGAGAAGACGUCGAGGCCAUCGCGGGGAUAAUUGGCUCGAGGCGAGACCCGAAUCGAUCGUUUCGUUUUUUUUUUUUUUUUGCGUAUUCGUUCGGUCGGAUUCGUUUCAGUGAACGGUACAAUGUGAACAUGUAGAACGUCGAAGGGACACGUAUACAGAAGAGAAAGAAGAAGAAGAAGAAGAAGGAGGAGGAGGAAAGGAAGAAAACGAGCGUUUUUUUGUGAAAGUUGAAAACGACGUUGAAAACUCGGUGAAUCAAUCGAAACUUGGAACUCUGUGCGUCGAUUCGUCAUCCCGCAGACACACCUUUCUCAUUCGUUCGCAAGGAUUACCGGAAUCGUUAUGAAACUUCACGAGAAGAAGGAAUCCGGGAUACACAGAGUGCAGGAGAUUCCUUUGGAGGAAUUGGAGCUCUCGAAAGAGUACGAAGUGGAGAAGACCCUCGGGGAGGGCAGUUUCGCCAAAGUGUUGUUGGCCACCCAUCGAGCUACGCGAACGAGGGUAGUUCUGAAAGCCGUCCACCAAGAGCUGACCACGGAGAAGGACUUUUUCCGCGAGUUCCACUACUCGUAUCACUUAAGCCCGCAUCCGAAUAUCCUGUGCUCGUACGCGGUCGCGUUCAAGGCGGAGAAGUGUUUCGUGUUCGCCCAGGAAUACGCCCCUUACGGGGACCUCGCCGGGAACGUGAGGGCAGGGGGUUUGAGCGAGGAGGCCUGCAAGAGGAUCGCCAGCCAGCUUUGCUCCGCGCUCGACUUCAUCCACUCGAAGCAGCUCGCGCAUCGGGACAUCAAGUUGGAGAACGUGCUUGUGUUCGCCCUCGACAUGUCGAAAAUCAAGCUGUGCGAUUUCGGGUGCACGAGGCGGGAGGGGACCCUGGUGAACAAGAUCAGGUGCACCUGGCUACCCUUCCAACCGCCCGAGAUCUACGAGAUAGUGAAGAACGAGAGAUACGCGUGCAAGAGGAGCGCCGAUUGCUGGCAAUUCGGGAUCGUUCUGUUCGUGUGCCUGACGGGGAAUCCACCGUGGCAAACCGCCGACCUCAUACAGGAUCCCGAAUACUCGGCCUUCCAAAGAUGGCUGAAGAGACGGACGACCAAAGUCCCCCCGUCGUUCAGACGGUUCACGCCCAGGUUGCUGCGAUACUUCAGGAGAACGUUCGAGCACAAGCCCGAGAAGAGGCCGCACGUGACCGAAAUCAACAAAUACUUGAAAGACUCGUGGUGCGUGAACAAGAUCAGUCACAGCGCUACGUCCACGUUGGUGGACGCAAGCGAGGGGGUAGCGAGGAGGGCGGACAGUUUGCUGUACCUCGACACGAUCCUCGAUGAUCAACGGAACGUGGACGAGAACAAGAACAAGUUGAGGAAGCUUCUCAACAGUUACGGGCUCGAGACGACGAUCGAUCAGAAGGUUGUCACGAAAAGGAUCUGGGAGUGGGUGAUGCAGUGCGACUCGAACAUAGCCGAACCGGCGUUCGUGGGUAGUUUCGGGACAGAGAGUAUGUGAGGGAUGGUCAAGGCUUCUAGCGAACCUUGCCUUAGAAGCGAACGUCAGAAACGAAAGUAUAGUUUCGGUGGGUUCGACGCUGCCCGCGAGGGAAACGCACCACCCUCUUCGCUAUGUGCCAAACCAACGUUCGAAAGAACGGCCACGAAUUCACCUUCGAUCCUUCAUUAGAGAGACAAGAGGACAAGGUGCAUCGUCCCUUCCGUGCCGUCGUUCACUCGCCUUUCACUUUCCAAUACCAAAUUCGAACGCUUUACCGAUAUGGACCGUGAAAAUGUGUGAUAAUUCCCCCUCAUUCUCCUCUCCUCCCCCCAAGUGUGUCUUUUAUUAACGUAUCUUUUCUCCACACCCAAUUAUCCACACGACUCACGCUCUCACCUAUUCCGAUCCUUUCUCUGAUGAUCCACGUCAUUUCCCUCGCUGCAUCAAUCUUCUCUACGAGCGGACCAAUUAUCGACAAAUGUAUGUGCGUUAUUUAUUAUCGCGUACAAACAUCUUUCGUACGCUUCCUCCUUCGAGCGUGGAAGACCCUCGAGACGAGAAUUGCCUAAAGACUGUACGAAGAAGUUGAGUGCGAUGAAUGCGAGAGAUAAUCGGGGCGAUCCUGAACGCGAAACGAAUGUGAUAGAAAAAGAGAAAAGAAAAAAAGAAAAAAAAGAAAAAAAAGAAAAAAAAAAAGAAAAAAAGAAAACUCGUUAAGACUGGGACGAGCGAAUGCGAGCGUAAAUGCGAAAUCGGUGUUUUCGGUGUCGACUAUAGAGACAAUAAUGACUGCGGAUUUCCUAAUAAUUUAUUACAUUACGAUAAUUAUAAUAAUAGUUUAAAACGAAACGGUAACCGGUAGAGAUCACUGUACGAGGCCUUGCGUGAAAUCGAGGAUUUCGUUCCAUCGUGCAAUCGUAAGAGGAAACACGUUCUAAACGUUCGCGGCGAAAAAUGGAGCGAAAAAUUUGGAAAGAAAAAAAAAAAAAAACUCGAAUAGAGAUUAAUUCGGUAUAUAGCGUCGUUAAGCGAUAUAGCGUAUGCAUAAACAUAGCGCGCAUAUAUUCUUUUAGCAAUUUAUCGGUAGAAGGAGAGAACAUAUAGAAAUCGAUCGAUGGUACACAAUUUGGUAGAGUUACCUUACCACGAAACAGCAGGCUAUACACGCGCAGUGACGCGUAUUCUUCCCCUACGUAAUGCGAAAUUUGUAAUUAGUAAAAUUGUAUUAUAUAGAAUCAAGUUGCUACAAACGAGGAAGAGGAAAACAAGAAGGGAAGAAAUAUGCAAUAACAACGCGUUGGGCCUCCGUUAUCGCGAAACAAUGUUUUCUAUAUAAAUGAUAUCGAAAUAAACGCAUUAAAUAUAAAUAAUUGCAACACAGUCUAUGAUGGUAUUCUCUCGAGUCAGCCUCUCUUUUUUAAAAUUUUUUAAAAACUGUUAGAUAAGACUUAUUAUUCUUUCUUGUAGCGAAUGAAAGAAGGAAAAACUGUUCGAACGAUUCAACAAACGAAACUGUUCGCUGGUUGAAACGAAUUUAUUUUCUUCAAGGAAAAAAGAGUUAUCAAAAUAUAUCUGACUUUACAUUUACAUUGCGAUAUAUUUCCGCGAUGUUUUUUAAUUACGAG